AUGGUGACAAAGCUAACUGAAAACCAAGCAGAAAGUGAACCAGUUGCUCUGCGUUGGACAUGGCGGCCUGAGACCACUAAUGACACUGUUCAACUUGGAAAAGUGUAUAUCUUGCUGAUUAAUGGCGUGAAUAUCAAAGAAGAUGACCCACUCUGGAGCGACGAUAUGUCAAUCAGAGUUAACGGCACUGGUCAUAUGCUUCACGCUUACGUCAAUGGAAAAUACAUAGGUUCUCAUUGGGCGACAUCUGGAAUUUUCAACUACGUCUUCGAGAAGAAAGAGAAGUUGAAUCCUGGAAAAAACCAAAUCACAUUGCUAAGUGCUACUGUUGGAUUCCAGAACUAUGGUCCAAAAUUCGACAUGAUAGAAUCUGGAUUACCUGGUCCUGUUGAGUUAAUUGGGAGAAAGGGCGAUGAGAGCGUUAUUAAGGAUUUGUCAUCGCAUAAAUGGACAUACGAGGUUGGGUUGCAUGGUCUUGACAACAAGGUGUACAGUUUAGAUUCGCGAUAUCCGUCAAAAUGGCAAGCAGAGAAUCUCCCGAUCAACAGGAUGAUGACAUGGUACAAGACAACAUUCAAAGCUCCAUUGGGUACAGAUCCAGUGGCAUUGGAUUUGCAAGGCAUGGGAAAAGGUGAAGCUUGGGUCAAUGGCCAGAAUAUCGGCCGAUAUUGGCCAAGUUACUUGGCUGAAGAAGAUGGCUGUAGCACCGAGCCUUGUGAUUAUCGCGGUAAAAACGACAGUAGCAAAUGUGUUUCGAACUGUCGGCAACCUACACAAAGAUGUUUUCGAAGAAUUAGGAGGCAACCCAUGACCCAUCGCUUGUUAACUUCCAAACUGACGCGGCCGGGACUGUUUGUGGAAAUGCCUAUGAGAACAAAGAUAUGGAAUUGUCAUGCCAAGGUCGCCCCAUUUCUGCUAUUAGUUUUGCAAGUUUUGGUGACCCGCAAGGAACUUGUGGUUCAUUCUAUAAAGACAGUUGUGAAGGAGGGAACGGCGCUUUGGACAUUGUGCGAAAGUGCAGUUGGUUUUGUCCCGGAAAUGCCAAAGGGGGAGAUUGUUAGAUAUUUUGGCACUUUCCGGGGUUGUCCAAAACCUCCUUUGGUGUCGUUGCUAUAUCGACUACAUUUGAUUGUAAUGGGUAGGAUAAUUAGGGGUAGUGUCUCGCUCAAUGCUCCUUCCAUUAUCUGCGCCAAAUUGACCGCUACGGAAUCAAGCCCAUUGUGUGAAAGGUAA